AUGCGGCGACACUUUCGCCGAAACCAUCUGAACCCCGCGGCAACUGCGGCGGCGAGGCCUGCGCGGCAUCCCAUGCUGAGCUUCGCUUCAUCCGCUCAAUGCGUGGGGAUUCGUGCCGCUCAGUCGGGCUCGCUCCUUACAAGCACGUCGCUCAACUCACCUCCACAUGCGGAGCGACACCCGCUUUCCGCAAAGCGGUCUCUGUUCUCGACAACGGCCAGUCUCACCGGGCAGGCUUCUCUCGUGGAUAAGCACGCUGGGACGCGACCGCAGAACGCCUUGUUGAAUUCGUGGCUACGCCGAGCCUCGAAAACAGGGAAAAAUUUUACCUUGAAUUCUUCCGCAGACGAUGGAGCCCCCUCUCAAGUCGCCGUUCAUCCGGUCUUCCUGGCUAGACUGCCUCUGUUUUCCCGCCCUGCGUCACGGCGUCUGCUCUCCUUUCUUUCGUUCGACAAUCCAUCCAUGGUCCCUGAAUCGCCCCACAUGCCGCCCCUGCUCGUAUUCGUCCGCGAACAGAAACGCCUCCGCCCCGACAAAGUCUUGAUUAUCCAGGCAAGCGCUCUCCCUCUUAACCACAUGCAAAAAAGAGCUGUUGGCGACUUCUUUGAGGCCUACGGCUUGGACGCCGUUCUGCUCGUGGAGUACUGCGGACUGAACCCCAUGGGCGGCAAGGCGAAGGCGGGCUGCCCGAAGCAAAACUUGCAACAGACGCUCGACUGCCUAACGAGCGAAGGGUUCUCAGUCUCUGUUUUCGAAGAGUUCGCGUCUCCCGUGGCGGCGACCCCGGUCGCGCCUGGCGGCAGUAGGAAGUUGCGGCUGCUGACCCAGAUAAUCUCCCCGUCUUCGCCCUUGUAUCUCCCCGCUCACAUGCCGCUUUACGAAGGCGAAAUUGGCGCACACACGCCGGACUCGCAGCCCGUUUUCUCCCUGUACUACUCGCCGAGCGCGGGCUACGCGUGCGGGGAGAUUGACGUUCCCCAGCGGACGCUUCGAGUGGAGGGCGGGCUGACAGCUGAAGGCGUGGAAAUGCGCAUUCGGUCUGCAAGCGGUGGAAUGCCCCAGGGCGAGCUCUACGUGCACCAGAUUCCUGCACUCGGCUCUCGCGGCGACGGCACCACGCGGCUGGCGCGGCGCCUCUUUCCAUCCCUGCGAAAAAUCUACCUCAGGGAUUACAGCUCGCCGUCGGCCUUCCACCGCGCCGUGCUUCGACACCUGACGGCGUCUCUCCAGCUGCCUCACUCGGAGUUCACAAUUCGCUCGCACCUGGACUAUUUCUCUCCCUCUCUUGCGAUUCCCGAGCCCGCAGCGGCCCCGUCAGACCUUGGGGUGAUGCCUUCGCUGGCCGCUCCCUCCUCGCUACCACCAAGAUCUUCACCGAACCCCCCGUCAACACAGCCGCCAGGCCCAGAAAACCGCGCCGCCGCUGGAGGGCCCGCGGGGAGCGCUGGGGAGGGCGCGCUGCAGUCUUUUGAGAACAGGCCAGAGCCCGCCUUCGCCGGCAGCGCCCAGUCCUCCACGCCGUUUACCGCGAAACUACAUCGCCACCGCCCCCACCCCCUGUAUGUGUCGACGGCGUCGCAGCUCGGGCUUCUCACGUCUGCCGCUAGGCAAGGCAACAUCGUCGCCUCCACCUCGUCGGUCCUCGUCCCGCCCUUGCAUCUCGCUGCGCUGCCGGCGGGUGCGCCCGUCACAGCUGCUCGGUUCCUCCAGCGAUUGCUGCUGUUUCCGCCACCGCAUUCUGUCGCGGACGCGAUACAAAGCAUCCUGAGGCAGCUUCUGCGGCUCGGCCGCACAGACAGCCGUCUCUCGUCGGCCUUCAUGAAACCGUUCCCAGGCUCAAACGGUGAAGAGGCUGCGCCGCCAGGCGCGUCGUCGCUCUCUGGCGAUGGUGGCCCCGGCGCCUCGUGUGGGGCCUCGCCGCCCUCGACGAAGAACGCGCUCGAGUCGACUGCCGAAAGCCGCGGGCCGCAACUGCCCCCCCGCAUUUUUUAUGGAGCCGAGCCGGGGAUUGGGAGGCCUGCGGGAGGCGUUGUAGCCGGCGCGGGCGAGCGGGCGGCUGAAGGACGCGAGAAGGUGGCAGGCGAAGGCGGCGAUCCGCCGCUGCUGCUGGUGCCGGCAGUUCGAGUCAUGGACGCGGGCAAGCUCGUGCAAGUGAUUUCGUCGCGCUCAGCCAACCGUCGCUUUUUCCUCGAGCUCCUGACCCUGUUGGCGCCGACGCGAUACUGCCUGCGGCGCUACCCUCCUUCGCUGCUGAAGCCACUGUUGACGGUCUUGCAGCACGAGACUCAGCAGCAGGUCUCGCAGGAUCGAUUCCUGGAGGGCGUCGAAAAGGCGAUCUGCCUUAUCGAGCAGGUGCUUCUCUUAGAAGAGGAGGAACAAGAGGAGGCCGCGGAGAGCGCCGCGCUCGCCGCCAUCGCAGCUGCGGAGCAAAUGAGUCGCCUGGCAGCGGCCACAGACGUCCACGUGGGGACUACGGCGGAUGCGGACAUUUCGGGGUGGGGGCAGCCGACGCCGUCUGGAGACCCACAAACCCUAGGGGGGUCUGACGGCCAGGAGGACCCGUCCCCAGCGCAGGCCGCGUCAGCUGCGGCGGCUGUCGCACGCGCAGUGGCUGAGGCCGCAGCGGCGCGGGAGGCGGCGGCCCAAGCCGCUUCGCGGGCGCUGGCGACGGUGGCAGGGGGCCACGCAACCAGCAGCAGCACUCGGGGCCUUUUGCCUCUGCUUGACGACUAUUUUCGGCGCAUGGAGCGCUUCCGCGGCCACAUCCAGCCGUUCUGCGUGCCGUAUGCUCACGCGGUUGUCGCGGCGGCCGUGGACGACCUGCUGAUUGCGAUCUUUGAGGACUUUGCGGGCAUCGAGUCGAUGCCGCCGCUUCGUCCUGUGUGUGCGCUGGAGGACUUCCUCGAUUCCGCGGACUCCGCGCCUUCCGCGGGCCGACCCAGAGCGGGGCUGAGCAAAGUGAAGUCCACCACUCUCCUCACAGCUCGCGAUCUGGUCGACCUCUUCAUUGCUGUAGAAAAACUCCAAGCGCCGGCGAAAGCCUCCUCCUCGUCCUCGCCGCCCCCCCGUAUCGCCUCGCUCUUACAGAUGCACGGAGAGAGGAUCCGCAUCCCGCCCAGUGCGUUGCUCUCGAGUAUUGAAGCCCUCCAGCGCCAGCGCUUGGCGCCGGCGUUUCCUUCCGCGGGGCUGGGGAGGGCGGGCUCCAGCGGCGCAGCCAGGCAGCUCGGCGACGCUGAAUGGCCGCGGCUUCUCGGCGCCUUGCAGAAGCGCUUGUGGGGAGACACGCUGAAUGAGUCAGUCUACCUGAAAAAGGGCAAACCGCCACUCGAGCCGCUCAAGGCCGCGAGCAGGAACGGGCGCAGAAAGAGCGCGGGCAAAGCAAGUCCGAGCGCGGCUCUCGCGGCAGAAAACGAGGAUCUCUACAGCGCGGAAAACGGCCUCAAUUCCUACAGCGAAGAUGGGGCCGGGGCAUGGAGCGAGAGCCUGGACGACGACCUCGGGCACCGCGCCGCCUCGGCGUUGGCGGCUGACUUCGCCCUCGAAGACGACCCAGCGGGAGCUGGGGGAGGUAUCGCCUCAGGCAUUCCGCCAGACGCGGCCUCUGCUGACGCUGCCGCAGAACUCGAAGCACGCCACGCGCGGUCUCAAGUCGAAAGCGGAGUUCGGUCAACAACCUCCCAGUGGAGCAAGACUCCCGAGCAUCCUCGAGACAGACACGGACAUCAGAUCGCCUCUGGGUGGACGACGCCGCGCGUGGCCGCGUCUGUCCGAGCCUACACCACCGCCAAGAACUUUGCGGCAGCUGCCGUCGAGAAGCGACUCCGGCAACUCAGCAAAGACCUCCAGCCGCUGCUGCCCGAAAUUCUGCUGGCGUCGCAUCUCAUCAUCAUUCUCCAAAGUCUAAGCCAGCACGCGGCCUUCGCAGCGACUCAGGGCUGGCAGCUGCCUCAGCUGCUUGACCCGACGGCCAAAGCGGCGCUGAAGGUCGACACGCUCACGCCAUAUUACAUGCCGCGGCCCAACGCGCGAACGCUUGCACUCCAGCGACUACGCCAGCAGGCAGAGCUGGCGGCCGCCGCGCAGACGGCGCCCAGCGCGCAGCACGCGCGUCUUGAGAGCGGGCAAUGGACGCGCGAACAGAGGGCACAAAACGUCGGAAAGGGCCCCAGUCCAGCCGAGCCGUCGAGGGGCGACGCGCCGCGUGGCUUAACGGGCCACGCGGUGCUCCAGGAUCCGCCUUUUCCGCAGGGUGAAGCCUCAAAGGAUGACGCCGUGGUCAGCUACUCCUUCGGCAUGCACGGUCUGUUUGUCCUGACAGGCGAAAACAUGGCAGGCAAAAGCACCUUUUGCCGCUCGGUCCUCGCCCUCGUCGUCCUCGCGAACGCAGGCCUCUUCUGCCCCUGCGGCCCCGAGACCGUUGUGCCCCGCUACGGGGCCUUCUUGUCGUCGUCCUAUAUGGCUCACGACUCGCCGCUUGAGAAUAAAUCCUUUUUCUUCGAGGAGCUCUCUCAGCUGCACAGUAUCCUCGCGCAGGCGCGCGGUUACAACGGCGGGAACGCCCCCCCAACCGAGGCCGGCCACCUGACGUCUUCCACAGAAAAGGUUUCACUGGAAAACGCGGCGACGCCGUUUGUGAUUGUUGACGAACCCUGCAAAGGAACAGCACCCAAAUGGGGAGCCGGGUUCGUUGGCGCGGCCCUCGAGCUCCUCUGCCGCGGACGCACUCACGGCGUCCUGUCGACGCAUCUGCACAACGAGCUGACCCGACUGCCGCUUGAUCUCCCGGCCAACGUUCGAUUCAAGCGUAUGGGCGUGCGGAAGACGUCUCAGCCUGCAUCGGCGGAUGCGCGCUCAGCGGUCGGCGGAGGCCUGGAGACGCCCGGCGGCGGCCUUCAGACUCCCCCAGAGGAAUCGGGGAGCGGAGGUAGCGUGGAGGGCGGCACCGCCGCUGCCUCGGAAUCUCUGCAGCGGAUCCACGCGCACCAUUUGGGAGCCCAGGCCGAUCGCGUGUACACGUACGAACUCCUGGACGGCGUCUGCCGAGACAGCAAUGCGAUGCUCACUGCUUGGAAAGUGGGCAUGCCCCCAGGCAUCAUCACGAGGGCGAACGAGCUCCAGGCGCACUUAGACGCGCCCGAGCUGGGGUUCACAGCCCCGCAUGUCGCCUUGGCGAGCCAAGAAAACGGCGAAUCACCGUCUCUUAUGCUCAAAACAAGACCCGGGACUGUGAGAGCGAGGAGGGACGGCGAGCAUCAAGCCCCUAGUGUGCAAACACAGACUACGGCGUUCGCUGCAACUCCUGGGCGGCCCGCAGCCCCAUCUGGAAGUGGGGCUGACGCAGGAGACGGAGGUUUUCACACUGCGCAGGAGGCCACUGCAGUUGUAACGGAAGGAGAGCUGACAGAUGAUUCAGUCAUUGAGAGAUCUCCAGAGACCCCGGCAGAGGAGGGGUCGGAGGAGGAGCAAACAGAUACGGGGGCUGGCGCCGACUCUGGUCGGCCCCGCGAGCUGUUGGAUACACUCGAAAGGAGUGAGUCUUUGGUUCAUGCUUUCGCAUCUUCCGCAAUGGCCCUGAACGGUCUCCUAGAUCGCCUACGUUUGACACUCAUAGAGACAACCCAGCAGGUGGCUUGCGCGGAACAAGUUCGCAUCACGCCUGGGGCGUCUAGGAAGGCAACCGAGCGAAGUGCCCACGAACUAAGGCCGAGCGCCGACAAAACUGCCAGAAACAGCGCAGCCGCGGCUUCAUCAGUCGCACGCGCUGCGCCGCAAGUGCUUCAGCUGCCCUCGCUGUCGAGGCGACUUGCCGCUCCGCCGCCGUGGCAGGAUGGCGCUGCGUGUGUCUACGUACUUGUAGCUCCCUGUACCGUCGCUAGAAAGGUGCAUCGGCUCGCGUUUUUGGAGUCUGGCGUUUCUGCGAUAGGCGCAGACUACAGCGAGGCGCGAUCUGAGCAUGCGCUUGCUGACUUAGGAGGCUUCUGCGCGAAUGUGUAUGUUGGCGAAACUGAGAGGCUCGAAACCCGUCUGCGGACGCAUAGCCGCUCGCCACUCUGGGCGCACGCGCGCGUCUUGGCGGUCAGAGUGCGGGGCAAAGGGGAAGCAAGAGACAUCGAAACAGCCUUGAUCCGCCGCCUGAAGGAGGAAAAAGGCGUCGUGCUCAUGUCACUAAAAGACGGAAACCGCAAAGCGGUGGGAGCGGGCCUCAACCAGGAUUUCUGA